AGGAAGGGUUAGCAAGAACAGAGGUGGACUGCAACAACUCCGUUAAGAGCUACACCGACGACAAAACGACUUCCUUGGAAUUUACUUUUACAUAUUUUUUUAUUCCCAUUGGAUACUGGAUAUUUUCUUGAGGGCCUCUGGCGAAAAAAAAACAACCCAUAAGAGACGAGCUCCAACUUGGUUGAAGCGUAUUAUGUACUAACCGAAACGGAAGUUAUCUGCCAGCUGUCUGGCUACGCUGUCGAGUGUCUGAAUGCCAACCCUGUGGGUAAUGGAGUUAGGCAGGCAACUGUGUGGGAAGAUGAGGAGGUCCAGUAGGAAAGCCCAGUUCUCCUCUGCUCCUACUUCCACUUGGGGCCUGGAGAUUCACUUCUACUCACCUGAGGUGCACCAGCUGGAGUUCUUCAAAGGCUGCUACACCGCUGAGGAGCUCUGUGUGGAGGCUGCCAAGCAAUGCUCAAUCUCUCCCCUGUGCCAUAACCUCUUCGCCAUGUACAAUGAGACAGAUGACAUGUGGUAUCCCCCCAACUACGAGUUCAAGAUCACAGAUGAUACCAGUCUCAAGUUGCACUAUCGCAUGAGGUUUUAUUUCAGAAACUGGCAUGGCACCACUGAAGGAGAGUCCCCAGUUUGGAGACACUGCAUCAGCAAACUCAAAGGAGGACUGAGCCCACAGAAAACACCAGAAGGAACCCCCCUACUGGACGAAGCCUCUCUGGACUACCUGUUUGCCCAGGGCCAGCAUGACUUUCAGAAAGGUGUUGUUCCGCUUAGGAUCGCCCAGUCAGAAGCAGAGCAACAUGAGAUUGAAAAUGAGUGUUUGGGCAUGGCUGUGCUCGCCAUCACACACUAUGCCAACCGCUUGGAUAUGCCCCUGUCCACUGCUUCCCAUGAAAUCAGCUACAAACGUUUCAUCCCAGAGUCUCUCAAUCGCAACAUCAAGCAGCGCAAUGUCCUGACGCGUAUCCGCAUCAACAACGUCUUUAAGAAGUUUCUCAGCGAGUUCAACCGUCGCACCAUCAAGGACAGUAACAUCACGCCGUACGACCUGAAGAUCAAGUACCUGGCUACACUGGAGGGUCUGACCAGCGGCCUGGGCAGCGAGUUGAUCGAGCCGGUCACACUCAGUGUGACGCAGGAUGGAGAGCUGAGCAAUGGAGGUUACUAUGGUUACUACAACCAGAGUCAAGAGCAGAGCCCAAGUCAGAACCUGGAGGCGAGCUAUGACACAGUGGUCCGGGUUACUGGUACCACUGGCAUUUCCUGGAAGAAGAAGACCCCUACAAUAACCUUGAGCCGCGUCGUCAAGCAGAAGAAAGAGGCAAAAGAAAAUGAAGGCUGGGAGGUGUUCUGCGACUUCCACGAGAUCACCCACACUGUCAUCAAAGACGUCACAGUCACCAUCUUCAGACAGGACAACAAGAGGAUGGAGCUGCGUAUGGCUUCUCGGGCUGAGGCUCAGGCCUUUGCAGCCCUCGUCGACGGUUACUUCAGGCUGACCGUGGAUGCACACCACUUCCUGUGCAAGGAGGUGGCUCCUGCUUCGGUGGUGGACAAUAUCAAAAAUGGUUGCCAUGGACCCAUCUGUACGGAGUAUGCCAUCCACAAGCUGCGCCAGGAUGGCAACGAGGAGGGCACCUACAUCCUGCGCUGGAGCUGCACAGACUACCAGUACAUCAUCAUCACAGUGGUCUGCACAGAGAUUGACCUGAGAGAGUCUCGUUCUGUGCGUCAGUACAAGAACUUCCAGGUCGAAGUAGCCUCGGACGGUUUCCGCUUGUACGGCACUGAGACUUUUAGGUCCACUCUCACAGAGCUGCUGGAGCACCUGGAGGGCCAAAGCCUUCGCACCGAUAACCUCCAGUUCGAGCUGCUGCGGUGCUGCCCUCCACAACCUAGAGAGGUGUCCAACCUGCUGGUGGUCACUAAAGAGAGAGCACCAGUCCCUCAGACGCCCGUACAGGAGAGCCAGCUCAGCUUCCACCGCAUUCUUAAGGAGGAGAUCGAACAGGAGGAGCACCUCGGCCUGGGCACAAGAACCAACAUCUACUCGGGCACUUUGAGGGUAAAGAGCGAGGACGAGGAAGAUGAUGUUGGCUACUCAUCCUUCCAGGAAGUCAAGGUGGUCCUAAAGGUGCUGGGUUCUGGACACAGGGACAUAUCAUUGGCCUUCUUUGAAACAGCCAGUAUGAUGCGACAAGUUUCCUACAAACACAUAGUGCUGCUGUAUGGGGUCUGUGUUCGCCACCAAGAGAAUAUCAUGGUUGAGGAGUUCGUCCAGCUGGGACCACUGGACUUGUUCAUGAGGCGACAGACGAGCCCUCUGAGCACACCGUGGAAGUUCCAGGUGGCCAAGCAGCUGGCAUCAGCUCUCAGCUACUUGGAGGAUAAAAAGCUGGUCCAUGGCUUUGUGUGUUCUAAAAACAUCCUGCUGGCAAGAGACGGUCUGGGCACCGAUGAGGGAGGGCCCUUCAUCAAACUCAGCGACCCAGGAAUACCAAUCACAGUGCUCACAAGAGAGGAGUGUGUGCACCGUAUACCAUGGAUCGCUCCCGAGUGUGUGAGGAACACGUCGUCCCUGAGUGUGGCGGCUGAUAAAUGGGGCUUUGGUACCACCCUGUGGGAGAUCUGCUAUGAUGGAGAGGUCCCCCUAAAGGACAAGAAACUUACAGAGAAGGAGAGGUUUUACGACAGAGAAUGCCAACUGGCCACCCCGGACUGCAAAGAGCUGGCCGAACUGAUGACCCAGUGCAUGAACUACGAUCCCAAGAAGAGACCUUUCUUCAGGGCCAUCGUGCGAGAUAUCGACAUGCUAGAGAAAAAGAACCCAUCGAUUCAACCAAAGCCAACACCAGAGGUGGAUCCGACUGUGUUUGAGAAGAGGUUCCUGAGGAGAGUCAGAGAUUUGGGAGAGGGCCACUUUGGUAAGGUGGAGCUGUGUCGUUACGAUCCUCGGGGAGAUGGAACAGGCGAGCUGGUGGCGGUGAAGUCGCUGAAGCCCGAGAACUGCGAGGAGCAGAGCACCAACCUGUCGCGUGAGAUCGACAUCCUCAAAGGACUUUACCACGAUAACAUCGUCAAAUACAAAGGCAUCUGCCUGGAGGAAGGGGGUCAGGCCAUUAAGCUGAUCAUGCAGUACGUUCCACUGGGCAGUUUGAAGGACUACCUGCCCCGAAAUAGGAACAAGACCAACCUCAACACCCUGCUCAGCUACUCCAUCCAGAUAUGCGAGGGAAUGGCCUAUCUGGGAUCUAAAAAUUACAUUCACAGGGACCUGGCCGCCCGAAAUGUGCUGGUGGAGAACGAGAGCACGGUGAAGAUCGGAGAUUUCGGCCUCACCAAGAGCAUCAAGGAGAACGAGGGCUAUUACACGGUCAAGGAUGAAAACGACAGCCCUGUUUUCUGGUAUGCUCCUGAGUGUCUGAGUCUCUGCAAGUUCUACCUGGCUUCGGACGUUUGGUCCUUUGGCGUCACCAUGUACGAGCUCAUCACAUACUGCGACUCGUCCAAGAGCCCCAUGUCGCUCUUCAUCGGCAUGAUCGGUAAAACUCAAGGUCAGAUGACGGUCCUCCGCUUGGUGAAUCUGUUGGCAGAUGGGAGGAGGUUGCCUCGUCCUGAUGGCUGCCCGGAGACGGUGUACGAGCUGAUGCGCAAGUGCUGGGAGCAAACGCCUGAGCAGAGGAUCACCUUUGAGCGCCUGAUAAAGGAGCUGAAAAACCUGCUGCAGAAGGACCAGCCGCAGAAUGACUUUUAAGAUGCAGCAGCUGUGGCUCCCGGGAGUGACGCUGACUUUGUUUUUGGGGGUCAGAUGUGAACGGAGACAGCUGUCCUUGGAUCAGCAUCUGCUUGUGAGAGACAGUCGUGAAGGAUCAGCACUGCUCCUUCAUACACGCAUAACAGCCUUCCACAUCUUUUCUAGAGACUUUUCUUUCUAAUCAACCAUCGUUCAAAGGCUUUAUAUGUGAUUUUUCACACUUAAAUAUAAUAUAAAUCAAGUAUCUCCUCUGAAAAUAACUCUGUGAGUCAUGACUGUCUACAAUGGGUGUAACACCCGAGUCCCACUGUCUGUGAUGUUUUCAGAGUUUUCAGAGUCCUAUCUUCACUUUGUUUACAUCGCCGGGACGGUCGGCUGACUCCUCCCCUCACAUAUAAAAGUUGUUUAAUUGAGGGACUAGAGAAAAGAAGAAUAACAUACUGUACUCACUGCUUAACUGUGUUUCUAGAUCACGCUCAUUUCAGGUAAAUUUACAUGCAGUGUGAAGAUACGAGCAUAAUAAAGAUCGCUAGCAUUAGCAUGCUAACACAACAAUGCAGCGCGAGUUGUUUUGGUUUCAUGCUGGUGCUCAAGGGCGACAUCUGCUGGAUCAACAAAUCACAUAUAAAGCCUUUAAGUCUGCCAUAUAUUUUUUUUACAUGUUUUUAUUUCAUGCUCUCAUAUUUGUUAUUUCAUACUGAUGUUUCCUAAUUAGAGGGGAGGGGGGGGUGGCUAAUGUUAAAGCAUUAGACCGGGCUUAAUAAUCUCCAAUCUUACCAAGAACCUCCAAAUGUAUCUCAUGGAUGUAAGAGUCUGCGUUAGAAGAAACUUGUGUGGCCCUGUCAUGUGCUGAGCUCUGAAUGGCCUUACGAGUGUGUGGACAGGUGGAAGAGAGAGAGGAACUCUUUGACGCUCACUUUCUCACAAAGAGAAAGUUAAGUGGCGUUUGUUCUUUAGGUCGAUCACAGAUGAAGUUCCUGAGGGUUUAAAAAAGGAUGAAGAAAAUGGGUCAGGCGUCGACACGGACGCUGACGUCUGGAAUCUUUCUCUUCUCCGUUUGGAAUUCUUUGAGUGAGAGAGUGAGCCGUGGAGUAAUUCGAUUUUCUGUCUGCGAUGUGCAGAUGUCAGUGAGCAACGUUCCUUUCAUUGAUGAGAAAUAUUGUAUUUCUUUUUUUUUUUUAAAAACCAUAACAUUGAUUGUUUUAAGCUUCUCACUUGAGAGGAUCAUCUGAGUUUCUUUUUUUAGAUUGUUGUUUUAACUUGACGCCUUAUUUAAAGACCUCCUCAUUGAAGUUUGAGAGUCUUUCUAAAGGCAUGUUUUUUUAUUUUCAGACAACACAGAUUUAUCGACAAUGUGAACUUUUUCUUCAGCAUGGUUUUGUGUAAAAAAAAAUCCUGAUUCUAAGAAAAAACAGACACCAUCAUCUGCACCAGAACAGGAAAUCCUGUGGAUCAUUGCUCUCUCAUCAUCUUUGUUUUCAUGCUCUGUAAAUCAGCCGGUGAAUCACUUAAGAAACAAUAUUUUGGCAUCAUGUUAAAUCUCAAUCUCAAUCUCCAGAUUCUCGAGAUUGAGAUUGGCAAGAUUUCCCCGAUUGGGUCGACCUGUUUGCGUCUGAUGUUUUCUGCCUACAUACACAGCACUUGUUAAGAGAGAGAAGUACCUGUUGGAGACACUUGGGGGCAGCACCACCUCACGUUUCUCCCUGACUCGAGUGUUUUUUUUUUAACAUACUUUCACAUGUUGAUAUACUAAACAUAACAUUGCAAAAAAAAAAAAAAAAAAGAGCGCCUUGUCAUAUUUGAAGAUUGUUUUUUUGAAAGACUUUAAAUAGUAAGAAUUGUUUGAAGUGAAACAGACGAAUCAGUGAAACAUGGCAUUUUCUUUUACUGUGCAUUUUAUUUGUAUCAUUUUUAAUCCAACAGAAUAACUAUAAAAGUGUAUUUUAUCUGUGUGUAUGUUGAAAGGUUUGAGCAGAGGGUUUUUUCUGUUUUGAAUCCAUCAGCAGCUGUGAGCCGUAGUGUGUGUCUGUGUGUGUGUGUAAAGUCACGCUCAGUCACUAUGUUAUCAAGACUUCAGCAAUGGUCAGUUCUUUUUAAUGUUUAACUGUAUGGCUUUAACUGUGAAAAGAAAAAAAAGACUUGUCAGGAGGACACAAUUGCGCUUCAGUCCACAUUUUAUUUAGGAAUGUAAAAGACAAUUCCUUCUGCUCAAAAUAAGAGAAAAGAAAUAUAUACUGUAUAUAUAUAUUUUUCAAAAUAAAAUAAGAUGAAAGACUCCUGGAAGUUAAAAGUAUCCAUAAAAACACAAUGAAAAAAUAAAUAAAAUCAAUGUUUGUGUUC